AUGGCGGAUCGCGCCGAGAUGUUCUCGCUCUCCACCUUCCACUCGCUCUCCCCGCCCGGCUGCCGGCCCCCCCAGGACAUCAGCCUGGAGGAGUUCGAUGACGAGGACCUGUCGGAGAUCACGGACGACUGCGGCAUCGGCCUCAACUACGACUCGGACCACUACGAGAAGGACUGCCUGGUGCUGGAGCGCGGGGAGCAGCCGCACCCCGUGUGCACCUUCCAGGACGACUUCCAGGAGUUCGAGAUGAUCGACGACAACGACGACGACGAGGAAGAGGAGGAGGAGGAGGAAGGCAACGAGCUGGAGGCGCCGCCGUCCCCUUCGGCCUCGCCCAUCCCCUCGCCCGCCCUGGAGGAGACGCAGAAGCACCGCCCCACCACGCUCAACCUGACUGCCCCGGGCACUCAGGAUUCCCUGAACAACAACGGCGGCUUCGCCCCGCCCGCGCCGCGCCCCAGCUGGCAGGACGCGCUGCUGCACUCCUCCUCCUCCUCCUCUUCCUCACACACCGGACACUCGUCCCCCCACGCCUGCAUCCUGGACGGACCCUGCCUGGAGAGCCCGCCGGGCCCCGGGGGGGCUCCCCCCUCGCUGCCGCCCUCCCCCCUGGACUCGCAAGGCAACAGCCCCGAGUCCCUGGCACAUGGUAACCCAUCGCCCCCGAGAGCCGCGCCCGAUUUUAACAUGAACCUCAUCUCCGCUGCGCUCCGAGCUCCGCUCUCCCCGCCGCGCCCCCGCCAGCCGCCCCCGCCUCACCCCUGUCUCUCUCCAACAGGGCCCCCCCGGCCGGAGCGGGACGGGGCUCCCGCGGAGCCGCUCAGCUCCGACGGGGAGGGCGCCCGGUCCGGCCGGGCCGCCAGCGUGCGCGGCCACCCCUCGGGCUCCUCGGAGACCACCUCGCCCUCCUCGGACCCGGGCAUCGAGGCCGACCUCACGAGCCGCACGGCCAAGCCCUUCCUGCCCGGCGGGCGGCGCGGGGACGAGCUCAGCUCGCCCGGCUCCGACUCGGACGUGGACGGGGAGCUCGAGGCGGCUUUCGCCGGCGGGCGCCUGGUCAGCAACAUGAUCUCGUCCAUCUCGGAGACCGAGCUGGACCUCAGCAGCGACAGCAGCAGCGGCCGCUCCUCCCACCUGACCAACUCCAUCGAGGAGGCCAGCUCGCCCGGCUCCGAGGGCGAGCUGGAGCCCGAGCUGGAGGCGCCCGGCCUGCUGGGCAUCAAGGACUCGCUGCUGCUGGACAAGGGCAAGGAGGACGAGGAGGAGCCGGCCGAGAGGGGCCCGCCGGAGCGCGGCGUGGUCCGGAGGGAGAGCCUGGCCGAGCUGAAGAUGGACGCCUACUACGACAGCCUGGACCCGGCCGACGGCCCCGCGCCCGAGGGCCAGACCGACGUGUCCAGCGCCAGCCCCCUGGACCUGAAGAUCGACCCCGACCACGGCCUGGAGAGCAUCCGCCGCUCCUUCUACCUGCCCGUGGGGCCCAAGCUGAUGCCCGAGGCGGACGAAGAGGACAACAGCGAGUACGACUCCGACUCGGAGUCGGAGCCCGACCUGAGCGAGGACUCGGACUCGCCGUGGCUGCUCAGCAACCUGGUGAACAAGAUGAUCUCGGAGGGCUCGUACCCCAUCAAGUGCCCGGACGAGUGCUUCCAGAACGGCCACUCGCUGUGCGACACCAUCUCGCCCGCCUCCGACCUGGAGCCCGAGAUCCCGAGCGAGGCGCUGGACGAGGAGCCGGGCCCGCGGGACUCGCCGGCGGACGCGGCGGCGUCCCCCGGCUCCGAGCCCGCUGUCCCCGGCGGGGACCGCCGCCCCGCCAGCCCCCGGCGCCGGGCCCUCGAGGGGGACCUGGGCUCGGGCGUGCUGGAGGCCGACUCCAUGAUCGACGACGUCCGGUUAGCGCCCGACGCCGACCCCGCCGCGCUGGACGUGUCCACGGCCAAGACCAACCGCGGCUUCGCCAUGGCCUUGGAGGAGGCCGAGCCGCCCUUGGUGGCCCCGCGCCGGGGCGGCCCGGCCGGGGAGGCUCCGGUGCCGCCGGAGCCGCCGGCGCUGGACGAGUCGCUGGCCUACGACUCGGUCAAGUACACGCUGGUGGUGGACGAGCACACGCAGCUGGAGCUGGUCAGCCUGCGGCGCUGCACGUCCGUGCUCAGCGACGACAGUGACAUCCUGAGGGCCUGCGACGACGAGGUGGCCUUUGGGGACGGGCUGGUGGCCCCCGACGCGCGCAGCUCCUCCGAGGACUCGUCCCCCGAGGCCGACCUGCAGUUCUCCAAGAAGUUCCUCAACGUCUUCGUCAACAGCACCUCGCGCUCCUCCAGCACAGAGUCCUUUGGGCUGUUCUCCUGCAUGGUGAACGGGGAGGAGCGGGAGCAGACCCACCGCGCCGUCUUCAGGUUCAUCCCGCGGCACGAGGACGAGCUGGAGCUGGACGUGGACGAUCCCAUCCUGGUGGAGCUGGAGGAGGACGACUACUGGUACCGGGGCUACAACAUGCGCACGGGCGAGCGCGGCAUCUUCCCGGCCUUCUACGCCCACGAGGUGGUGGGACAGGCCCGCGACGCCGCGG